CAAUUCGAAAUUCAAAUAUUCAAAUAUUCAGAGCGCCCAAUUCUCAACUACUUUACUUCACUUGUCUUUGUCUCACAUACAAUACACAGACAACUACUCUAUCUUAAAUUCAAACCACUUAUGUCUUGAUCUGUUUAUAACAACAACUUCAUCAGACAGCUGAAACUUCAACACUUUUAGUUUACAUUUCUUCUCCAGUUCAAUCUACCAGUGUCAGACUCAACUCAUUACAGGGUUACAUAAAUCGCCAUCAUUGACAGGACUGUUCUUUAAAAUGUCUGCAGUUCAUAUUGAUCCAAUGCUGCAAGUAGAGACAACAUGUGGAUCUCUGCUGUAUGAACUCCAGAUAAUAUGGGAUGAAGUUGGGGAGUCUGACAGUGAAAGAGAUGAAAUGCUACUUGAGCUUGAACGAGAGUGCCUAGAGGUAUACAGAAGAAAGGUGGAUACAGCUAACAGGUGUAGAGCUCAGCUAAGACAGAAAAUUGCUGAUGCUGAAACACAACUUGCAGCUAUAUGCUCCGCAAUGGGAGAAAGACCAGUACAUAUUAGGCAGUCUGAUCAAGUUCCUGGAAGCUUGAAGGCAGAACUCAAGACCAUUUAUCCAGAACUAGAGGAGAUGCAGAAGAGGAAAGCGGAGAGAAGAAACCAAUUUUUUGAAGUUGUAGAGCAAAUACAAAAGAUAAGAAAUGAAAUUUAUGAGUCUAAUAAACAAGCAGAUAUAUGCAAUGUUAUCGAUGAUGCAGAUUUGUCAUUAAGAAAGCUUGAAGAACUGCACACAGAACUCCAGGCUCUUCAAAAUGAGAAGAAUGAUCGCCUAGAGCAGGUUGUUGGUUACCUGAGCUCAUUGAGUUUGCUCUGCCAAGUCCUUGGCAUGGAUUAUGAGGAAACAAUUAGUGAAGUCCAUCCCAGUUUGGGAGAUCCGAAAGGAACAAGUAUAAGUGAUGAUACUAUUGAGAGUUUAUCAGUUGCCAAACAAAGACUGCAAGAGGUUAAAAUUCAGAGAAUGCAGCAGCUACAAGAUCUUGCAACUUCCAUGCUGGAACUUUGGAAUCUGAUGGACACUCCAGUUGAGGAGCAGGAGAUGUUUCACAAUGUUACUAGCAAUGUAGCUGCUUCAGAACAAGAGAUAGUAGAACCCAAUAUUCUUUCGGUGGAAUUCAUUAGUUAUGUAGAGGCAGAAGUGUUCAGAUUGGAAGGAUUAAAAGCAAGCAAAAUGAAAGAACUCGUUUUCAAGAAGAGGUCUGAGCUGGAGGAGAUCUGCAGGAAGACACACAUGAUCCCAGAGUUUGACAGUGCGAUGGAAGCUGCUAUAGAUGCUAUUGAAACAGGAGUUGUGGAACCUGCUUCCAUCCUUGCACAAAUCGAGAUUCAAAUUGGUAAAGUAAAAGAGGAAGCCCUUGGCAGAAAAGAAAUACUUGAAAAGGUUGAGAAGUGGAUGGCGGCAUGCGAGGAGGAGUGCUGGCUUGAUGAAUAUAACAAUGAUGAAAACCGAUACAAUGCUGGAAGAGGUGCUCAUAUCAUCCUUAAGCGUGCUGAGAAAGCUCGCGCUCUGGUUAGCAAACUUCCAGGAAUGGUGGAGUCGUUGGCUAUGAAAACUACCACAUGGGAAUGCGAAAAAGGAAUUGAGUUCACUUAUGACGGUAUUCGACUUAUUUACAUGCUUGAAGAGUACAACAUCUUACGGCAAGAAAAAGAGCAAGAACGCAAGAGACAGAGGGACCAGAAGAAGCUGCAAGGGCAGUUAAUUACUGAACAGGAAGCAAUAUUUGGAUCAAAACCAAGCCCUAUGAAAUCCCAGAACCUUAAAAAGGGUGCUAGAUAUUCAUGUGGUGGUGUUCCAAGCAAUAGAAGACUUUCACUUGGAGGAGCUAUGUUACAAACUCCAAAAGCUCAUAUGCUUCACUCUAUCAAAGGCACUCCGAAUACACGUCAGAACAAAAGGAAUGAGCGGCCGCACCAAGACAAUCCGUUAAAUUGCAGAAGGGAUGAUGAAGUUGCUGCUUUAUCAGCUGGAAGAAGAGGCUUGGACAUUGAUGGCCUUCCCGUAAGAAAGCACUCUUUCAACGCAACAAGCAAUGCUAAUGAAGUAGAGAUGCCAAGUACACGCAAGCCUUUCUCACCUAUAUCCUCCUCCGAAUCAUCAAAAGCACAUGCAGAUAACGUUUCAGAAGACCUGAACAAGAAACAUGACGGGAACUUCCAAAAAACAGUUACUAGUAACAUCACACCAUUCACUACUCCAACCAAAUUAACUUCCACUGCAUACGAAGAGAACAGGACUCCUGCCAAAACAAUGAUACCGCCUGUUCCUUGUACGCCUAAAACAGUAUCAGUUCCAAUGCAAACCAUGAUGACCCCAGCUCCUCAGGCAUUCGCUUGUGGCACUACUCCAAUCAAAGAAUUCUACGAAGAGAUCGAGUACUCAUUCGAGGAAAGAAGAGCAGGCUUUCUGCUCACCAGAUUACAUCCACAGUCAGUGUUGCAAGUUUGAUGUUCAGACUAUUUCAGUGAUUGCAAGACAUAUUUGUCGCUUGUUACUCAUUACAUCUGAUAUUUACAUACUUCAAAUUUGAUUGGUGAAGGUCAAUUCUAGCUGGCCUUUCUUUUAUUUGUAAAUAGUCUACUCAUAUAUGAGCUGGAACAAGGCAUAUGCAUCAGCUGUACACAACUGUGAGCAUUUGGAAAUUUUCUUCUUUGAGAGCAA